AUGAUGGCGGAGAGUCCGGCUGCCGAGGAGGCGGCUGCGGCUGCGGUGCUGGCGGCGGCGCCGCCGUCGAGCGCGGGGCCGGGAGCUGGAGCGGGCGGCGGCGGCGGCGGGCCCGGGGUGUUCCUGCCGGCCGAGAUCUGGGCGGUGGCGGGGCUGGGCUCGGCCGGGGCCGCAUCCGGAGCGGGUGCGGGAGUCGGGGCUGGCGGGGCCUCGGUGCCCGGGAUCCCCAGCUCGGCCGCCGCGGCCGCCGCGGCCGGGGUGCUCCUCUCGCACUCGGCCUUCUGGGACCCCACCACCAGCGGCGACUGGGACGGCGAGAGGCCGAGCCCGGCUUGCCUGCUCCGCAUCAAACGGUGAGAGACUUUCCGCUCCCCGGGCAAAUGCCGGAACCUCCCACUUUCCAGAUUUCUGGCCCGGAAGGUGUGGGUGGGGUAGUGUUCCUGAGCGUGUGCAGAGUGCGUAGUACGCGCCUUAAUUCCCCGGGCAUCUCAUCCUGUCUGUGCAUACAUCUGAGGGCGGAAUGGGGCAGGGAGAGUUUUCCUUCUCCAUCAACUCGCCCAGGAAAGAUUUAACUGCCCUUUCUUGGCAGCGAUUCAGCGUCUGCAAGGAAUUCCCCAUAAGCGAGGGUGGGGGACCGGAGGCCCUCUGGGUGUUGUUGUAACUCCCAUCGGCCCCAGCCAGCAUGGCCGGUGGUUAGGGAUGAUGGGAGUUGUAGUCCAACAACUGGAGGGGGGUAUAGUGUGACAACUGGUGCGCCGUGGCCGGUAUGCGGGUGCCGUAGUGGAGGGGAGUUGCACCUGUUGCAUUUCCAUAUGGCUUGUAGUUCUUAAGGGAGUGGUGUUGUGCAUCCGUUAAGCAAGAGCUUAGGGGUAUAAACUCCCUAUUACAACAGCCCAGGUAGAUUUAAGAUCAACAGUGGCUUUCACAGCCCUGAAGAUGAUAUAACCUAAUGCUCAAGCAUCCCUGUAAGGAGGAUAUCCUAGAUUGUUUCCACCCCAGGCUCAACUUCCUUGUUUUGUAUCAGAUUACAAUUGGCAUAUAACAUAUUUAGAGCCUCAUUUUAUAUAUAUAUAUAUAUAUAUAUAUAUAUAUAUAUAUAUAUAUGCCUUGCUCGUGUGUAGCAUCCAAGGAUGAGACAACUCAUUUUUAGAAGUUUCUUUGGAAUUAGAAUUAUUUGGAAUUGUUGUUUAAGGUCCCAAAUUUUCGCUUUGGCUUUGCUGAAGUUGGCUUGCUUGGUUUACAUGUGGUGGAAAGGUGUGAAGUUUUCUUUAGGCUGACUUCUUUCCAGCUCCUUCUCCCAGUUCAGAGAUCAGCCUCUCUCCUGCUGCUAACCAUAUAAACUUGGGGAGUGAGACAUCCCAGUAUCUCCCAUUAUGUUGCACAAUUAACAGUGCAUUGCAGUGCAUACUCACAUUAUUUUAUUUAGGACUUGGUCACAAGUUUAGGUUUACAUUCAUAAUCAACAAUAAUGUUAAAAAAAAAAGUUUUGUAGUCAUAAUCAAUAACAUGAUUAAAAAUGUUCCUUAACCCACCGUGCUGUAAAGGAUUUAGGGUUAAAGGGGCAAUGGGACAUUUGAAACAUAUAAAAAUUGUGCAAGUUAAAAAUAGCCCUGUUAAAUCAGACCAAAGUGUUCUGUUCUCCUUAUGGACAGCCAAGAAGCAGGACUGGCUCAAUAGCAUUCUUCCCCUCAUAAGCCCCAGCAGCUAGUAUUUUGAGCCGUGCUGCUACUGGAGGUAUUGCAGCCAUCAUAACUAGGAGCCAUUAAUACCCUUGUCAGCCAUGAAUUUGUCUUACCCUCUUUUAAAGCACUCCAAAUUGGUGACCACUCCUGCGUCUUGUGGGAAACAGUUCCGUAGUUCAGCAAUGCCCUGUCUGUCUUGGUCUUGAAUCUCCCACCACUCAGCCCCAGAUUCUAUCAUCAUGAAAGAGGGAGGAAAACGUCUGCUCAUUUUCUCCAUAACUUAAUACACCUCUAUCAUUUCCCCCUUACUUGCCUUCUUUCUAAACCAGACAUGUCCAAAGUCUGUUUUGGGGGCCUAAUCCAGCCCGCCUGUCGUUUUAAUCCAGCCCCUGUGGCAGCCUAUCUCCUGGGGUAAAAUCCCAAAAAGGACGCCCUCAUGCAUGUUCACUUCAUCAAAUCCGUCCCUCUUUGAAAAAAGUUUGCGCAUCCCUGUUAAACUAACAAGUCCCAAAUAUUGUAAUUCCUUGAUUAUUUGAGUUUUCCUUUACCUUUCCGAACUCUCUUUUUGAGGGGUGUUCAGCAAAACUGUACCCAGCUGAAUACGAUUGUUGUACCCUAGGUUUGUCAAAAUGCCUGAUGCAGGCAGUUUUAUUUUGGAUCCCUUUCCGAGCGAACCGUGAUAUGGAAUUUGCCUUUUUCACAGCUGCUGCGCAUGCUAAGUAAUUCUCACUAGGCACCCAUAGACGGUAAGCUCUUUGGCAAAGGCUGCUCUCAGCAGCACGAAAAUACGUCCGUAGCAGCAGCAGUUAUUUUCCAGAAGGCUUUCCACCUUUGUGUUCCCUGUAUCUUGCAACAGCCCUGAGAGGUAGCGUUGCCAUCCUUUGGAAUUGCUGUUAUGGCCCAAGGACAUAAGCUGUGUCCUUGGCAGGCGUGGAAUUUGAAUGCAGGCCUUGAAAUGAACUUCUCUGUGACCUGGGUUACAUUUGUUCAGUACUUAGUGUGCUGUUAAUUAAUGCUUUAACAUGUUGUUAUGAGAGGCUGUUCCAUCUGCCCAGAAGAUCCCUUCUGGGUAUAGAGGAGAACGAGAAGGCCAGAAUGCACUAGCAGUAAGAAUUCUUUUAGCGUCCUCUUGGCUAACGCUUUUGGAUAAUGUGAGGAACUGCAAGGGGAAGGAAAGUCCUCCAUUGCUGUCACCAAUAUCUCCUUUGCGCAAACAAUACUCUGUGUUGAAUCGUUGCCAUCUCCAGUCAGCACAACUAGGUGAGGUCUGCCUAGCAGAUUCUGGAGAUCUAGAUCUUAGGUACACUAUCAAGCAAGUGUUACUAGGCAGAUGUUUCGGGUGCCCUGGUACAAGGAGGCUUGUUUUAAAGCUGGGAAAUAACUGGGGGUGGAGGGAGGGACAGUUUGGGUUUGUUCCUAGAGCUGAACGCAACCACUUCAGGAGCAGUUACGCCAGUUCCACGUUUAAUCCCAGGAACAAAAGCCUAAUUGUCAGUGGCAAACCAAAACGAAAGUGAACUUGUAGCAGCCUCGUUUCCCAGAAGUGUGCUAGGUCGCCUCCCUCCUCCUUCCUCCACGGAGUGUGCUGUUUGUUAUGUGCCAAAACAGGUGUUUGUGUUACGGGCCGAGGGCUGCAGUGAGCCUGAGAAGGACUGCAGUUGUUCUAAUGUGCUGUUGGCACAAUUUAUAUGUACGGCAGGAGAUGCCAAUUCACCCUGCCUGCUCUUUAACAACUGUCUAUUGUUCAGUGAGAAGAAGGAAGUGUGGUCUCCCCGCCGCCGCCGCCCAGCUAACUUUGAGUCCGCAACCUCUGACUUUUGAUGUAGGUGUGUUCUCGUUAAGCAGAGUUCAAACCAAGAACAUUUUCUGUUGUGAGUGUACAGUCACGGGGGAAAAGGAAACUGCAUCCUCUUUGAAUUCUGUGUUUUUACAUAUGAAGACAUAAUAACAAUCAUCUGUUCCUUUAGCGGCUCUUAAAAUUAGGUAAAUACAACCUCAGAUGAACAACAGCACAUGGCAUAUUGCACUAUGUCAUGAUUUAUUUAACAGAAAUAAAGCCAAAAUGGAAGAGCCAUGUGUGAAAAACUUAAGUUCACCUUAUGAUUCAAUAGCUGUAAAAAGUUAAAGGUAAAGGGACCCCUGACCAUUAGGUCCAGUCGCAGACGACUCUGGGGUUGCGGCGCUCAUCUCGCUUUACUGGCCGAGGGAGCCGGCGUACAGCUUCCGGGUCAUGUGGCCAGCAUGACUAAGCCGCUUCUGGUGAACCAGAGCAACUCACGGAAAUGCUGUUUACCUUCCUGCCGCAGUGGUAUCUAUUUAUCUACUUGCACUUCGUGCUUUCAAACUGCUAGGAGCAGGAGCAGGGACCGAGUAAUGGGCGCUCACCCCGUCGCGGGGAUUCGAACUGCCGACCUUCCAAUCAGCAAGCUCUAGGCUCUGUGGUUUAACCCACAGCGCCACCUGCAUCCCUUCACUAGCUUGUAGAACCACCAAUAAUGUGAAGCAAUUGUUUCCUGUAGGACUUUAUCUGUCUCUCACAUGGUUGUGGAGAAAUUUUGGCCCAUUCAUACUUGUUCAGUCUUUUUCUAAUUGUCGUGAACUUUAACAUUUAACAUGCUAACUGUAGGGCCUGAGAUGUACCAUAACUUUUGGGUUUUUUGGCGAUUUCUCUGAGCAUUGCACGGUCUGACCUUGGCGUGAAUUUGCUGGGACGUCCACUCCUGAGAAGAUUGGCAACUGUCUUAAAUGCUUUCCACUUUUGAAUAAUCUUUCCCACUGUAGAAUGAUGGACUUAAAGUUGGUUGGAAAUGGGCGGCAACACUUUCUUCUCUAAGAGCACUGUGUAAUCUUUCAUCCUUGGCACUGUGUUAAAACACACCUGAAUGCUCCAGACAAGCAAACUGCUAAAAUUUUGUCUUUUAUAGAGGUGGGCACACUUGCUGAUGAUCAAUUAAGCAAGGACAUUUGAUUAGCAACCCCUGUCUACUUAAUCUCUUAAUCGCUAUGGAAGCUGUAAUGGUGUACAGUGGUACCUCAGUUUAAGAACAACCCUGUUUACGAACUAUUCGGUUUACGAACUCCACAAAACCGGAAGUAGUGUUCCGGUUUGCAAACUUUACCUCGGUCUAAGAACGGAAGCCGAAUGGUGGAAGGGCACCAGCGGCGGGAGGCCUCAUUAGGGAAAGUGCGCCUUGGUUUAAGAACAGACUUCCAGAACGGAUUAAGUUCGUAAACCAAGGUACCACUGUACUUAGUUUUUCACACAUGAUUUCUCCAUUUUGGCUUUAUUUCUGUUAAAUAAAUCAUGACACGGUAUAAUAUGACAUGUUGUUCAUCUGAGGUUGCAUUUACCUAACUUUAAGACCUAAGGAACAAAUGAUUGCUAUUAUGUCCUGAUGUGUAAAAGCACAUAAUUCAAAGGGGGUGUACUUUCUUUUUCCCAUGACUGUAUGUGUGUGGUAAGAGUUUGAGGAAGCAGUUUCUCAUAGGCCAGAGAGGGUGAUGAAAAUGUGUCUUUUCACGAUUGAAUUGCCCCUCCCUCCCUCUUCUGGUGUCCCAGCCUAAGCUGUGAUAUUCACAGUGUUUCAAAAUCCUGGGCUUUCCCUUUUCUCUUCAUUUCCUUUGAUGGGCUAUAUUGUAAUAUGUGCUUGAUUUGGAGCUGCCCAUGUAAUGUGCCAUGCAUUUGGAAGGUAAUAAGUUGUGACAUAGGAGGAAACGAAUAUGGAUUAAAAUGGGACAAAGGAGUGAGGAGGGCUAUGAAAAGCACAACACAACUUUAUAGAGAGUCCAUUAUAGGAGAGAUCGUUAUAUUCGUUUUCAGCAGUCUUUUAAGAUUGACCGCCUGCCUGAAGCCAUGAGGAAUAGAAACUUAGGUUUCCUUCUCUCUUUUUAAAAGCAGGGCUGUUUCUCAAGAAUUCAGCAACAGGAUUUGGGGAUUGAGGUACAAAGCUGGAAGCUCCAGCAGUGUUUCUCAAACACUGUUGGAGGUCCCCAGCUGUUGUUGGACUACAACUCCCAGCUAGCAGGGCCAGUGAUCAGGGAUGAUGGGAGUUGUAGUAGUCCAACGACAGCAGGGGACCCAAGUUUGAGAAACGCUGCUCUAGAGAAACACUUGACUGAAUAAUACAUUGCUGCUAUUAUUAUUUUUGUUUCCCAGAGAUAUCAUGUCUAUCUACAAGGAACCCCCUCCUGGAAUGUUUGUAGUGCCUGACCCCCAUGAUAUGACCAAGGUAGGUGGUAUCUGAAUGCCUUCCUCUGUAGUGUGUCCUCCCUGAAGGAGUUUCGUGCUGUUUUUAGGAGGGCUGGCAUACUGAAGUUCACCUUGCUAUGACUUGAAAUUUCAUUUAUGGCAGCAGCUUGUGGGAAAGGGUAGCAGAGCGAUUGCCACAGGAGAAAUUCGGCAAAGUGAAGUUUGCACAAAGCAUCUUCAUCCUUGGGCAAAUCUUUUCAAUUCAUGUUCUGCUCACCCUGAUAAAUGUGUUAGAAUGAGGGUUUGGGGUACCUUUUCAGAAGUAAGAAGGAAGCAAUCUCCGGCUCUGUUUCUGAUUUUUAUUUUAUUUUAUUUUUUUAAAGCGUUUAUUAAUUUUCCAAUUAAAACAUCUAAUUAAUGUAUCAAAUCAAAUCCAAUGAAAAUAAAAAACUAAAAUAAAAGAAAGUCCAAUUGUCUUCCAAAUUGUAAUAAUUUUUGUUUUGGCUUCCCACGGUCUGAAUUCUGAAGCGCUUUCAACAUCUUAGUCCUGCCUCUCAUCAUCAAUGUUUUCCAUAAUUCCAUAUCUGAUUUUUUCCUCCACGUUUUGACUCUGUUUAUGUGAUCCUCAUUCAUGUCAGAAAACAGAUACUUUUUUUUCCCUAUGGAGUGCAGAUUUGUCCGUAUAUUGUACUUUUUCAACUGUUUUUGUUUUUUCAUCGCACCGCUUCAUUUAAUUGCAUCCAAAUUCAGAGUUCUGUCCAGCUCUUUGAGAAUUGUUAUUUUGGCAGCUCCCAAAUCAUUAAUCUUUCCCAUCCAGGUGUUAUCAAAGAAACAGAGAGAAACCUCCUUCUGUUGAUUUAUUCUUAAGCAUUCUGAAUUUUAAGUAGGUCUGCCCCUGAGUCACAAUAUUUCACUGGCGUCCUCUUGGUAUAUCUGAGGGAUCUGUUCUUUGUUUUAAAAAAAGUAGAUCUCACAUGCCUGAAGUUUGACCACAUUGAGUGGCCAUUUAGUUGAAGGUCAAAUGAGGCCUCGUUCAUACAGAUGAUGUGGUAUACAUCCUGGAACAGUUUUUAUCACUCCAGACCACAGGUGGGGAAAGCUCCUCCAUGAAAAGAAAGCCCAUGUACGCCUGAGACCGGGCCUUGUGUUUCUUGUCUGCUGCUGUGGCCAAGUGGAUAGGAAGCUAUUCUGUGGGUUCAAAGCCCAGGAGUUGUCUCUGUUGUUGCCCUUGUUGUGACUGGGGUUCUUUGGGGGGGGGGGCGUCCGUGCAAAAGGUAAGUGGGAACAUUUCUCCCCCUUCCUCCUGAUGGUGCUCAGACUCAUAUCCUCCUCACCCCUUGCUCUGUGGAGAGAGCCACUGGGCGCUGCUGCUGUUUAAUGGGUGCCUGUCCUUGUGGGGCAAAACCACAAAACCAGUUGCUUUCGCAGUCUUCCACCUGUAGUGUGAAGAAGUGGUGUGCUCCAGAAAUAAUUUGGGCCUCCUCAACAGCUACCUGUGUGAACUGAGCUUGAUUCUUGAACCUGAGAGGGCAGUGAAUUUUCCCUAAUGCUUUGUAGAGGAUCUCUCUUCUCCCCCCCCCCCCCUUAACUCUCUUAGCGGCCGGCUUGCGUCCCGCGCAGGCUCUGCCGACGUUGCACCCAGUUGGAAGUUUUUGCGCGAGCUGGGCUUUUCUCUUGCAGAUUCAUGCGUUGAUCACAGGCCCCUUUGACACGCCUUACGAAGGGGGUUUCUUCUUGUUCCUGUUUCGCUGUCCUCCAGAUUAUCCCAUCCAUCCGCCGCGGGUCAAACUGAUGACAACCGGGAAUAACACAGUGAGGUUUAACCCUAACUUCUACCGCAAUGGGAAGGUCUGCCUCAGUAUUCUAGGGUAAGGAGCUGAGCAGCCUGAGCUGCUUAGGGGAGGUCCACACUUCUGCAUGCAAUUAUCAUGUCGAUGAAACGUGUGUGUGUGUGUGUGUGUGUGUGUGUGUGUGUGUGUGUUUCUGUUCAGAGCCAGGUAGGUUGAUGAUGAUCAUCUUGCGGGAACGAGAGGGGCAGGCUUUUUCACUGGUAGCUCCCCUUGCUACAUAUGGGAGGCCCCCGAAGGUAUUGCCACUCCGCCAGCUUUUGAAGUCACACCUGUUUAGACAAGUAUUUCCCUGCUCUUCCUAACUUGGAUCUCCCAAUUUGAUUGUUUUUAGCUGUUACGCUUUUUGAAAUGGGCUUCCUCAUUUAUAUAUAUGUUUCAAUGCUGUUGUUAUGCUAUGACUAGCUCGUAUUUUUUUACAGUUGGCUUCAUUCUUCUUGUUUUGCUGUUGUCUUUUAUUUUUUUUGAACCACGCUAGUAUUUCUUCUUAAAAUGCGAGGCUUCGGAUUAAUUAUAUUCCUAUCAUCAUUUCCAAGACAGGGCACACUGGGACACAUGCUUGUCUGGGCAAAGGGGUCUUCUUGGUAGUGCUCCCCGCCCUGUGGAACGCCCUCCCACCAGAUGUCAAGGAAAUAAACAACUAUCUGACUUUUAGAAGACAUCUGAAGGCAGCCCUGUUUAGUGGCUGGCUGCCUUCAGAUGGCAUAGAACAGGGAUGUCCAAUAGGUCGAUUUCAAUCUACUGUUAGAUCCCCAGGAGGUUUUUGUCGAUCGCUGGGUCCCUUUCCUUAGCGUUGGUAAAAUAGAAUCUGGCCCCGCCUUCCAUUGUUGCACGAUCUGCAGAACGGAAGGCUGAGUUUACUCAGGGAAGCUGUUUGUUUUCCCAGCGAUCUGUUGUUGAGAGGCUGUUCCCCUUUCUCCCUGAAAACGGUCAGCAGCUUAGCCUUGAACUCCCCAAAAACGUGGCUUUCCUCCUCCCGUUAAAAAAAGCUUAACCACUUUAACCUGAACCCCCCGAAAACAGGGCUAGAUCACUGCCAGUUUUGAAUUCUGUGAGUAGAUUGCAGUCUCUUGGGAGUUGGCCACCCCGGCAUAGAUCAUUUGAGCAUCUCUGGACAUUGAAAGGAGUCUCUGCCAUCAGCCAGAUGCGCGAGAAAGUCAUGCACAUGGUUGACAGUGCUUCCUGUAACAUCCAGAGCUUCUGUUCAUUUGGCUCAGCUAUCAGAAGCAUUUAGUUUUCCUUUCUAUAUUUACAUGGGUUUUUUGUGGGGGGGAAAGGUUGGUUUCAAAUAGCAUUACAUUUUCAGAAACCACAAAGCAUUCUCUUGAAAGUUUGGGGCGUUGCUUUUUCCUGCUGAUCCUGUGUGGUCUUCAUUUCCAGCCCUCCAGCUCUUCAAAUCAAAGUAUGACAGGAAGUGGCCAUAGUUGCAGAUUUUAUACUCUGCCCAGUCACUUGUGCCCUUCGGCCUGUUUCUGUUCGCAAUGGCCAGAGGUUGACAGGCCCCUUGCUUGCGUCGUGCAUCGUGGGGGCAGAGACAGUUUGGGUGGUUUUCUGCCUCUGACUUGGUUCAAAAGAUGGUGCUUGAAAAAGAAAAUGACGGGAGCUGAAUGGAGCUGCUGUAUUCAACAUCCUUAAGAAAGUUAGAUCGGGAAUAGAAAAUGACCGUCUAUGGCAGGCUUCCUCAACAUUGGCCCUCCAGAAGUUUUUUAGCCUACAACUCCCAUGAUCCCUAGCUAGCAGGACCGGUGGUUAGGGAUGAUGGGAAUUGUAGUCUCAAAACAUCUGGAGGGCCGAGGUUGAGGAAGCCUGGUCUAUGGCAGGCAUAGGCAAAGUCGGCCCUCCAUAUGUUUUGGGACUACAGCUCCCAUCAUCCCUGACCACUGGUCCUGUUAGCUAGAGAUGAUGGGAGUUGUAGUCCCAAAAGAUCUUGAGGGCCGAGUCUGCCUAUGCCUGGUCUAUGGGCUUCCAGGCUUGAGAAACAGCAUAAUUUUGUAUAUCCCAUUGUAGUCUUUCUCAACUUGAUGCUUGGCAGACGUUGGGCCUUAACUCCUAUCAUCACUGACGAUCUGCUGCGUUGAUGGGCUGGUAGAAUUUGCAGUCCAAAGCGCCUGGGCAACACCAGUUUGGAGACAGCUAACAUGACUCAAGCAUGAAGAUUAUGAUCUUCCCUAGUAAUACUGUAUUGUGUACGAGCUUCAAAGUAACAAAGCAUGUAUAGAGAGGAGGAAUUGGGUAUCCCACAGCUAAGCAGGGUGGAUUUGAUUUAAAUCAAAUCGAUUUAAAUCACUAGUAGGUAAGACUUGAUUUAAAUCAUUCUUUGACAGACUCAUUCUUGCUGGUAUAAUCUUAAUAUUUACAACCAGAGGAAGGUUCCAUUUUUGGAAUAAUAAAUUUUCAGAGUAGGCUUUUCUUUUACAGUUCUAUCAAAUAUUACCGAUUUCGUUAUACUAUUAGAGAUACAUAGACAGAUAAUUAUGAAAUUAUUGUGAGGUUUAAUAAGUUAACUGUUUACAUUUGGACAGGUUUUCUGCUGUACUUUAUUGGAAGGAGAAAAAUAAUCAUUUCCUUAAUAACAAUUUAAACAAUUUGUGUAACAAAAACAGUAUAGCAUAUGUAUCCAUGUUUGUCAGCUGAUGUGGUUAAACAGUUUAAAAAACAAACAAACAACUUAGACUGAGUUUUAGCACACAUUAAAAACUUAAAACAAAUCCUUAUUUCCUGAUGAGUAGCCUUUGAACUAUAAUGUAACUUAAAUAGAAAAGUAUCUUUAGAAAGAUUUUUCCUCCAAAAGCAAUUUAUUUUUAAAAUCCUAUUUAAAUUUUAAAAAAAUCUGGUUUAAAUAAAAAAAAUCCUGUUUAAAUUUAAAAAAUCUUACAUUUUAAUUUUUAUUUUAAAAAAUCAUUUAUUUUUAUCCACCCUGCAGUUAAAGCAUUCUUUUCUUUCUAGGUUCACUAAUGUUCAGACAUGGCCUUGGGCAAGUAAACCAGAUUUACUUGCUAUACUUUGUCUGUUAGCCACAAGUGCUUUUUAGUAUAUAUAUGGAUUUGGAACCUUUUAGGAUCUAAUUGGAUUCAGGACGCAAGCAAGCACCUUUUACAUGUUAUUUGGGAAAAAUCAGGAAGUCCCUCUUGCACUGGCACCCUGAAAAAGCAAGGGGCAGGGACACCGUGCUAUGCAACUUAAUUAUCCUGUUUUGUGUUUCUGGAUUUUUAUUUCCUGUUUUCAUAGUGGAGCUUUUUGCCCUUCAUCUCUGGACAGUGGGAAUGCUCCAAAUAGAAUUCCUCAGAUAUUUCACACAGCUUCUACGAACUGAGGUGUAGACACAGUGUGUAGCUGGUGCUCUGAAAGAAGAUGACGAUGCCAAGAAACAAUGGAAUUUCCGACUUGUUUAUCACAGACGUUUGCACGCAUUUGCUUGAUUGCCAUGAUUUAUUCUGUUUCUCCUGAUUACGGAGACUUGCCAAGGAGAUGCGUGGGGUGUUGACGCCUUGAGCCCUGGCCACUGGGAAUCCUGCCCCCUUGUCCCCCUCGCUCCCCUAAUCAGCCAGCUCCCAAGGUUUCAGAAUUCCAGUACAUUUGAUAAGAGCUAGACAUCUAAACAGAAAAGGAAUGUGAAUACUUAGGAGGCUGAAUUCUCCCCUCAGUGCCAGACUAUGUGUGUGGCUCUUGCGUGAGACUGAAUGCAUACAGCCCUCAAUUCAGAUUGUAUACUGGAAAGAUGCAUAAAAGCUUGGAAUGGUUUUAUCACAAAACAGUAAUUAUCCAUCUUCAUAACGUGUGUGUGCGCGCAAAUGUUUUCACAACUACCUUCAAAACAAACACAAUCGAACCUUCGUUUACGUAACCCUCUGGUUACAUAAACUUUGGGGUGUGCGUGUGGCAAACCCGGAAGUAUUUUACUGGGUUUUGCCCCCACGCACAUGCACAGGUUACAGAAACCUUGGGAUCCGACCGGACCUCCAGAACGGAUCCCAUCUGCAACCGGAGGUACCACUGUACAUUGUUUCAUAAAAUGACUUCCUACCCUCACCUCCAGAGUGCUUUUACUCAAACCUUUUUUUCUACUGCAUUACAUCUUUUUAUCUAUUGCAAAAAAGUUUCUCGUGUUACAAUUAUUUUGCUGUUUAUCUGCUGCUGCUUUUAUCUCGAAUCCUGCCUGCAAUUUCAUUUAUACCUAUACAAUUUAUCUGCUACAUGUGUCACAGAAUUGGGCUAUUCUAUCUUCUUUGCUUGUUUAGUGGUUCUUGCCAUUACGUCUUCAAUUUUUUCCCCACCACCCUGAGGCCUGGAAACUGUUUGGUGUUUUUUUACUACCUACCUUACCUACACUGGAAACUGUCUUUUUUUACUACCUACACACACACACACACACACACACACAGACAGACAGAGCUAGGCCUCUCACAAGUUACAAAUCAAAGUACAUUGAAAGCCACACAUCAUCCACUCCACUUUACAGAAUUGUGUUUGUUUGGCUGUGUGAAAAUAAACUCCCGUUUCUUGCUGUCCGGCAGUACGUGGACUGGUCCAGCCUGGAGUCCUGCCCAGAGCAUCUCUUCGGUCCUUAUAUCUAUACAGUCCCUGAUGACUGAGAACCCUUAUCACAACGAGCCUGGCUUUGAGCAGGUAAGUAGCCUGAAUCGUGGAUUAGUGCCCACUUUACGGAGCUCUUGGUUACAGGGACAGGGAAGUGGCUGUCCUGUAACAAACGGCUCUCUUAGAAACGGGAAUGUCGGCAGAGCAAUAAGACCUGUUGAGGUUCAAUCUCCAACCCCUACAUCCUUUUAAGAAGACCCUCCCGAUUCAGAGGUUCGGCAUGUUGCUGCAGGUGGGGCCUGCUUCCCUGUUGUGUUAAAACAGCUGACUGCAUUGGGACAGAGUGGAAAGGAAAAAUGCCUUGAGCAGCCCUGGAUAACUCCAUAUGCUGCAGUCCGUAUGCACAUAUUCGCAGCUUGUCUGCAGAGCAAGACCAUGCAUGGAACCUCUUUGGGAUCUUUCAUGGACCAUAGCUCUGGUUUGAAAUAGGAUCGUCAAUCCACUUUUAUCAGCGACUGACCAGUGUUUCCAAUGGGUAAUGUCAGCCAUACUAAUUGGAGGCAUUCCAAGUCUCUCUCUCUCUUCUCUCUCCCCCCCCCCGACAAGACCAAAGUUGUGGGCCAUGUGUCUUGAACUUCGUAAAAGGUGACUUUUGUUUUUGGCCACCGAUCUCUUGCAGGAAAGACAUCCGGGAGACAGUAAAAAUUACAACGAGUGUAUUCGGCACGAGACUAUCAGGGUCGCUGUGUGUGACAUGCUAGAAGGAAAAUGCCCUUGUCCGGAGCCUUUACGGUAUGUUUGGCAGUCUCAGUCCAUGGGUUUCAGGCAUUUAGCAUGGAGAAGGAGAGAGGGAGGAACCCCUUAGUCAGACUUCCUGUGAGGUUUGGAGUUUACAGGGUUAACAGCUCUGUGUGUGCCCUGCAUCUGGGGAGUUGUUUUUCUCUACAUCCGGGAAAAGCUGAGUCCUUUGUCUGUGAGUUACUUUCACUUUUUUGCCGAGAGACGCAGAGACACCAUGCCUGCCGUCUCCAAUGGUCUGUUUAUUAUUUUAUCGUUCUGAUGUAAAUAAAGCUGUUAGUUUAGAGGAACAACAGCGUGUGGACUCUCUCUUCUUUAGAGAGCCAGUGUGGUGUAGUGGUUAAGAGCGGUAGUCUCGUAAUCUGGGGAACCGGGUUCGCGUCCCCGCUCCUCCACAUGCAGCUGCUGGGUGACUUCUUUGAAGUCUCUCAGUCCCACUCACCUCACAGAGUGUUUGUCGUGGGAGAGGAAGGGAAAGGAGAAUGUUAGCCGCUUUGAGACUCCUGAAGGGGAGUGAAAGGCUGGAUAUCAAAUCCAAACUCUUCUUCUGCAAGCUCACUCACACCAGAAGCACGCGCUGUGCUGCUCUGCUGCAAGUCCGGGAAUUCUGUUGCUGUGGAAACGCACCGGACCCGAACACGCCCCCCCCUGCACACACUUAGAAAAACUGUUUGCCAGCAUGAAACCCAUGACUCGGCAUUCAAGCACCUUCAUCCAUUCAUUCCUGCAGCUGCAUGGUCGUUGUCCGCAUUCUGUUCCUUCCACUCCAGAUUACCAACAUGUGUCUUGUUAAUUCAGAUCUUUUGCUGGGGUUAUUUGUGCAAGCAAUGCAAACUGCAGUACAGUUGGACCUUGGUUCACAAAAGGAAUCCAUUCCAGAAGUCUGUUUGACUUCUGAAAACGUUUGAAAACCAAGGCGCGGCCUCUGAUUGGCUGCAGGAGCUUCCUGCAGCCAAUCAGAAGCCGCGUCGGAUGUUCGGGUUCCAGAGAAUAUUUGCAAAAAGGAACACCCACUUCCGGGUUUGCGGCAUUCGGGAGCCAAAACGUCUGAGUCGCAAGGCAUUCGACAACCAAGGUACUAUUGUAUUCAUGGCUCCAUAGAAGCUCUCCCUGCUGUCCGCCUCUUAAGGUUGUUGUUUUUUAUAGUAUUUUGGUCAGCAGGUCAUGCUUGAGGGAGGGAACCAAAGUGUGUUGCACUGUGGGGAAAUGUUAACUGUUGUGGUUGUUUUUAAGAAAUAUGCACAUGACAAACUAAUUUUCAGGAGCAUGAACUAUGGCAGUAGCCCUUUUGUUAUAAACCACCUGUCACAUCCUUGCUCUGCGGCCUUACGGUUCGUUUUGCUUGCUAGGGGUGUCAUGGAAAAGUCCUUCAUGGAGUACUAUGAUUUCUACGAGGGGGUAUGCAAAGAGCGGCUUCACCUCCAAGGACAGACAAUGCAGGUAAGGAUCAGAUGUCUAUGACUGCCCACUCCGGAAGGCAGCCUCCUUGUUUUUGUUUUUGUUUAGAUUGUCAUAUUUCCUUCCCUCUUGAGAAGUGGGCUCGUUUGCUCAGCUGAGGGUUUUCCCAAAGGGCAAAUUGAAAACCUGAGGUAUGGAGGACAAAUUAGGAGAAAUGACCAAUUGCUGGCAUUUCUGAAGCACCAGGAACUGGCUGGAGGUAUAUUGUGGGAUGCGGGUGGCGCUGUGGUCUAAACCACUGAGCCCCUUGGGCUUGCAGAUUGGAAAGUUGGUGGUUCGGACCCUUGUGACGGAGUGAGCUCCCGUUGCUCUGUCCCAGCUCCUGCCAACCUAGCAGUUCGAAAGCACGCCAGUGCAAGUAGAUAAAUAGGUACCACUGCGGCAGGAAGGUAAACGGUGUUUCCAUGUACUCUGGCUUCCAUCACGGUGUUCUGUUGCUCCAGAAGCAGUUCAGUCAUGCUGGCCACAUGACUCGGAAAGCUGUUUGUGGACAAACGCCGGCUCCCUCGGCCUGAAAGCGAGAUGAGCACUGCAACCCCAUAGUCGCCUUUGACUGGACGUAACUGUCCAGGGGUCCUUUACCUUUUACCUUUUUUAUAUUAACACGAGCAGGAUGUUGGAAUGAGGGGGUGAGAGGUAGGAGACUUGAAUAGAUCCUGGUUAUUGGGAAAAGAGCAUCCAGCAAGGGGAUGGGGAUGAAAGAUGUUAAAUUCUCUAAUCCGGGAAGUGAGCUUCCAUGCCUGCCAUGGCCCUGAUGGCUGUGCUCUCUGCUUCCACAAUCAGAGGCAUCGAUGUUCCUGAAUACCAGUUCCUGGAAUCUAUAGGAGGACAGAGGGCUCUUGUGCCCGGGUCCUGCUUGACAAUUUCCCACAGGCAUCUGGUUGGCUACUGUGCGAACAGGAUGCCGGACUAGAUGGGCCUUUGGGCUAAUUCAGCAGGUUCCUCUUAGGUUAUACAGUGGUGCCUCGCAAGACGAAAUUAAUUCGUUCCGCGAGUUUUGUCGUCUUGCGAUUUUUUUCGUCUUGCGAAGCACGGUGUCGGGAAAGUUUUGGAAAAGCUUCAAAAAUCACCAAAGUCAUUAAAAACCUCAAAAAUGGAUACAACACAGCGUACUAUGAGUUGCUCCUCGAAGUCAAGUUGCAACUGUAUUAACUGUGUUAAGAAAAAGGAAACAAACUUGCAAGACGUUUCCGUCUUGCGAAGCAAGCCCAUAGGGAAAAUCGUCUUGCGAAGCAGCUCAAAAAACAAAAAACCCUUUCGUCUAGCGAGUUUUUCAUCUUGUGAGGCAUUCGUCUUGCGGGGCACCACUGUAGAUAGAUUUCAAUAUACAGUGGUACCUCAGGUUACAGACGCUUCAGGUUACAGAUGCUUCAGGUUACAGACUCUGCUAACCCAGAAAUAGUACCUUGGGUUAAGAACUUUGCUUCAGGAUGAGAACAGAAAUCGCGUGGCAGCGGCAGUGGGAGGCCCCAUUAGCUAAAGUGGUGCUUCAGGUUAAGAACAGUUUCAGGUUAAGAACAGACUUCCAGAAUGAAUUAAGUUCUUAACCCGAGGUACCACUGUAAUAGGAAGCUAUUUUCCCUUUACAGAAUGUCAUUUUUCUCAACUGAAGCACAUGUUGCAGUCUGAUUUGCUAGACUUGGGUUUCCAAUCUGAUCCAGCAGUAGUUCCCCUGUUCCUCUUGUGGCUUCAAGGUUGUUAAAAAAUACUCACUGCUUAGAAUAAUAUUGAUCUUGACAAGCGUCUGUGACUUGAACUGGUUACAGAAGGCCUUGGCCACCCUGUUUCCAGUCCAUGUGCCAAGUAACCCUGGCAGAUCUUGAUGCAAGUUGUUUUCAUCCCGAUCAGACAGUUUAACGAACUCAAGAAAAUGUUCAAAUGCUCUUUCCCUAAAAACCCUGAAGCCUUCCUGCUAGGAAUUACGGGCAACAAAGUUCCAAAAAAGCUCAGGAGAGUCUUUAUGUAUGCUACAGUUGCUGCCAUAAUUUUAAUCGCAAAAGGUCGGAAGGGAGAGGACACCCCACCCAAAUUAGACUGGCAAAAUAAAUUAAGACAGCACGCUGAAUUGGCGAGACUAUCAGCAAGGCUACGAGACGUUACAGAUGAAAAAUUUAUCAGAGAGUAGGGCAUAUAUAUAGAAUUUAUGUAAAAGAACAUUGUCAAAAUAAAUCCGUUGGCAGGUUUUGAUUGACUUCUGGGUGCAAAUAGGAUAAGUUUACAAAAUUUAAAGUAAGUUAAAUAACAGGGAGAAAAUAAAGAUAAGUGCGUAAUCAAGGAAUUUAAUCUGGGAACUUAAUGGGGAGAUUGGAGGUCAUGUUAAACUUAAUUACAAUAUGAUGUACAAAACAAGGAUCAUUUAAGAAAAGAAUAAUUGUGUUUUUUAUCUUGUCUUUAGCAUCUACUGAUUAUUUCUGUCAUACAGUUUUCAACCAAUAAAGCAUUUUUUAAAAAAAAGUAAUUUUCAUCCCUUCUCCUCUCCCCUCGCAGGAUCCCUUCGGCGAGAAGCGAGGGCACUUUGACUACCAGUCCCUUCUGCUGCGUUUGCAAGGAAUCCGCCUGAAAGUGCAAGAGAAACACCAGCAGGAGAACCCAGACAUAGACUCAGAAAGCAGCUCCUCUGAGACAGAGACAGACACUCAAGGGAGCAUUAAGGCAUAGGUGCCUCCCACCUGACCGCUUGGGAACCCAAGACGUAGGGGUGGGAUCUUCUGACUCCAGGCACUGCGGAGGAACCCCGGAGAUACCCAAGAACCAGUCCGGUUCUAGAGCGGGGAGAACCUGAGCUGAGCAGCACCCCUUCAUUGCCUCCUCCAGUGCUCUGGUACACGCUGUUUAAAACAAACGAGGAUUUGAUGCUAAAACUGAACCGGGCUUCUGACAAGCUGUCUUUUGAAAGUGGCUCUUUCUCUGCUGGAGACCCGUGAGCAAAAAUGGCAUAAAGGCAUUCUGGAAGAACCCGCGAUGGGUUGGUUUCUGUCCUCCCCAUGUUUCUAAAAGAGCAGGAGGUAGAGCUUGCCUCUACGCCAUGCCGUCUUUUGUUUCAAAACAUGCCGCAUAUACCCUCAGCGCCUCCCUCCCAACGUUCCCACAAAGGGAUGGACUCCCAGCCCUACCAAGUCUGUAAAAGCACCUUUGACCAUUUAAAUAAUCAAGCCCUGUUUUCAUAUUCGCUCUGUUUCAGUUUCCCAGUUGGGUUGGUGUUGCCUGUCCUAGACAGACCAAAGAGGAGGAACUUUGGCCGGAACUGGGCUUUUGUGGCGAUCCAAAACGACAACGAAAAAGCAGUUUCCAAAGCUUUACUCAACUCUAGAGCUCCUUUUGAAUAAUCCCUCCCCAAAUUCGGAAUCCAGGCAGGAAAGAAGGAAGAGACAAACUGGGAGAGAUCCUAAAUUGUUAAUGUGUCAGCCUUGUGAGCAACCCAGCCAGCAGCCUUCAAAAGGUGAAGUUGAGCAGAUUUCAUGGCCAGUGUUUUUGUUUUUAUUUUUUGUGAUCCUUGGAAAGAGUCAUCAUUCUGGCAGUUCAUUUCCUGCAAGUGGCAUAUAAUUAUUAUUUUUUUGGAAGGUACAGUAUUAGAAUUUAGUGAAGACAGGUGAUUCUAUGCAGCCAUUGAUUUUGUUUCAAGAGAGAGAGAUAUAGCAAAUAUAAAUUAACGCAGCACCAAGAGAAAGAAAAGCAAUGCUAAUUUUAAGCUUUGGCAGUGCAGUAGCAGACUUCUCUGUUCAAAGCAACUCAGAUCUGCAGCUUUGGGGGGCAGAGUUAGGAGUUGAGUGAUGUAGAGGAGGAUACAAGCUAAUGGAAGGACAGCAAUAAGCAUCAGUCCAAGUUGGGCAGUAGGCCAGGGCAGAAAACCAGCUGUUGAGAUCUGUCAAAGGAUUGGCUCUCGUGUUUUGUCAGGAGCCUCUAUUGAAACCGAAGCAAAGUUGCACAUGUGUAAGUCUGCCGAAUGUGCCGUAACUCCCUUCUCUCCCAAUCACUUCGUUGUGCUAUAGACUGAGAAGCACAUGCCUUUUGAGGAUCGAAUUGUGGGAGAACGUCUGGCCACCCUCCCAGCUGGCAAAGUAUUUUAUUUUAUUUUUUACUUUUGAAAGUUCAAGCUGGUUUCUACAUAGAAAGGCUCAGAAGCCUUGUGAGCACCUUUCCCUUGCUUUUUUACCCUUCUUCUUUUAGAGACCCUUUAAGACUUUUUUUUUUAAUGGGGGGGGGAGCUCCUGACCUACAGAUGCACACCCAGAUCAAAAACUUGGCAGGGGGAGGUGAGCAGAUGCUAAAAGUGUCCAGGCCAGUAGGACGCGUUUCACUCAGUAGGUCCAAUCCCAACUGUAGGAACCAUGCAAUUCCUACCUGGCCUCUGAAAGGAAGUUCAUGUGUGAUUAUAGGCACUGUUUCUCUGCAAGCACAACACCAGUCUUGCAGCUACUCCUGCUUCUCCCAUGUAGAGUACGAUGUGCUGCUGCUUAAAACUAAAAGUAACCCCCCCAUACCUGCUUUUUGGAGUGGAAUGCCAUUUUUUCCAUUUCUCUCCCACCCGCAAGGAGACAAGACUCUCCCAAGGGUUACGAAUUGCCGUGGAGUCAAAAGCUUUGUAAUGCAAGUUUGCAUUUAGAUGCCUCGUGGAGGGGGACCUCGUGAGGACGAAGGCAAUCUUAUCAUGUUUGUGUUGAUCUCAUUGGGUGCAAUCCAGCAAAACGAAAACAGAAAACAGUCGUGCUUCACCUCCACUGAAAUCAAAGGGACUUGAGUGCACACUUAACGUUUUAAGUCUCACAGAAAUCAGUAGGACCUAGGUAGGACUCUCCGAACUCUGCCAAUUGUGUAAGUUUGGCUUUCCCCCAGUCUAUAGUCACCAGGACCAGAGGUGUUCCCGAAUCAGAGCACCCGUUACUUCAAGAGACCUUAGUUCCAGAUGCAUGUUGGCUGUCGAACCAUUGCAUUACGUUUCUUUUUAAGACAAAAGGAAAAGAAAACAUGAAAAUGCCUUAUGUGGUUAUUUCUUUUUCACACAGCUCGCAUGUGGAUGUAAGAAAACAAAACAAAAAGAAAUAUGGUUUUCUAGCUGCCCAUAGUCAUCUGUUUUCUGAAUGUUUUCCAUUUCAAAAGUGACAAUCCUAGAUGACUGAUCUAGACAAAAUGUUUAGUGACAAGACUUUUAGGCCUAACAAGCUAAACACACUCGAAUGCACAAGGGUCUUAAGAAAAAUAAGGAAUCCUUGUUUAUAUACAAUUGUACAUAAUUUUUUUUUUUUUUUUGGUGCAAUAAAGUUUGUUUUGGCAGGAUCCGAGGUUCUUCUUUGUCCUGGAUUGG